AUAACUAUGAUUAUAACCUUACAUUUUAAAAUUUAAAAAGUAAAUAAUGUGAUCGGUAUUUCAUAAAAAGUCCAAUCUAUUUUUUUUAAAAGAAAAUGUCCCAAAAAAUUCAUAUUCGUACUGCUUCCGCUUCGAGUAGAGUGAGACCUUUAGCAACAACUGAAAAAUCAUAUAAAAUUUUUACCCCCGGUGAAGUAGUUAUUAAAGAAGCAAAUACAAAUUUUGUAAGAGGACACGGCACUUAUGAGGAAAACGGAGAUCUUAAAGCUUCAGUUGCAGGUGUCAAGGAACAAGUAAAUAAACUUAUUUCUGUUAGACCUUUAAAGAGUCGAUAUAAUGGCCAAGUUGGAGAAGUUCUUGUUGGUAGAAUAUCAGAGGUACAACAGAAACGUUGGAAGGUAGAUACGAAUUCUAGAUUGGAUUCUGUUUUAAUGCUGUCUUCUGUAAACUUACCUGGAGGGGAACUGAGGAGGAGAUCAGUAGAAGACCAACAUAUGAUGAGGCAGUAUCUUCAAGAAGGUGAUUUAAUUAGUGCAGAAGUUCAAAGUAUCUUCUCAGAUGGUUCACUGUCACUACACACUAGAAGUUUACGUUAUGGCAAGUUAGGACAAGGACUUUUAAUAAAAGUCUUUCCUUCUUUAGUGAAAAAAAGCAAAAUUCACUUUCACAAUUUACCUUUUGGCGUGAGCUUGAUACUGGGAAAUAAUGGGUAUAUUUGGAUUAGUCCUCCAACUGAUAAUACUGAUGAUAACGUUGGGGGUUUUGUACAAAACUUGGAAGAGGUCAUAUCAAAGGAUAUAAGAGAAGCAAUGGGCAGAGUCCGUAACUGUAUAUUAGCAUUAGCUGAAAACAAAAUGAUGCUAUUUGAUACCAGUAUUGUUUUUGCUUAUGAGGAAUCAUUGAAGUAUUCAGUUGCCGAGCUUUUGCUACCAGAAGCUAUGGUGGAUGUUGCAUUAUUGACUCAGCACAGACUUUCCAUGUUAGAUGAUUAUGAAUUUGAGUAAAAUAUACUACAAAUUUUUUAUUUUGUUAUUAUGAUAAGGAUUAAUAAAUAUAAAAUGUAAUAAGAUAAGGAUUAAUAAAUAAAAAAA